AUGGCUAUGGGAAGAGUUUCCGUGUCCUCGCUGCCAUCAAAUGUGUCAGCGUGGGUAGAAGCGCUCCAGCGGGCGUUGCAUCUCAAGGUAGAGGAUUUGCAUUUGCCGGAGCACUUCCAUUUAAAAAAUUUAUCGACGGGGUGCCGUUUCUCGCAUCUGAACACGCCCCCCACCGUGGGAGAUAAACGCGAGAGUGCCGUGCUUGUUUUACUCUCACCUGCCGCUGGUAUGCCGCCAAACACGUUUCAAGAGAUGUGUGUCACACUUACUAAGCGGACACCUCAUCUUCGUCACCACAAGGGUGAAAUGUCGUUUCCUGGUGGUCGUCUAGAUGGUGAAGAACAGGCAGCAGCAGCAGCACAACGCGAGACAGCUGAGGAAAUUGGUAUCGACAGUUCACUAUACGAAAUUCUUGGGCCCCUGCGUCCAUUGGCUCCCCUCAGCGGCAAGUCACACGUUACCCCUAUUGUCGCAGUCACCCAAUAUUCAGUAACGCCCCUCUGCCACAGCCCUCAUGAGGUUGACUCCAUUCAUUACUUGCAUCUCUCGCCGUUGUUGCUUAAUAGCAAACAGACACAUUGCCGUUUGCUCAAGUACCUUCCUAGUUCGUCUGGGGUGCCCCUCCACUUCCCGUGUUUUUUUACUAGCCCGUCUCAGGCGAGGUACUGUGAUCCAGUCUCUCCUUCACCUGGACUUCUCCAGUUGUCGCAGGAGGAUGGUGGCCACGAGCCACUUUUACCCAACAACUUUCCUGGAGAGCUGGUGUGGGGAGUCACCGCAUUCGUCAUGUGCGAAUUGCUGGUGCGCUUGAUCACGGCGUUGGGUGGGUCCGGAACCGCCCUGGGUUGCAGUCCGGCGAUUGCUCGCGACCCAGAGCACCCACUUGGAAAGCGUUAG